AUGGCUGAUAUUCAUGUAUUGGGCUUGCCUAAAAACGUGAAAAAACCUCGACUUGUUAAUUUACUACGGACAGUAGUGUUUGGUAAAAAACUGAAAUGUAAGUUUUGGAUCCGAGAAGCAUAUCCGUUGCCAAACUCUCAGUUUCAACAGGUGGUAGUUAAUAUAAGUAAAAGGAAUGAUGCAUAUAAGGCUGUAGACCUCAUUAAUGAUUUUGUGUAUUUUAACGGUACUGAGGAUUUUCAAUUAUCAGCUGUGAUUGUGGAUGACCAUGUACCACAGGAACAUUAUGAUGAACCAAUGCCAGAAGUACUUUAUGCAGAAAAAAAGCACAUUAGCAGGGAAAAGGAGAUAAGACAGAGCAACAAGCGUAAGAGGAGCCCAUUGAGAAAUAAGGAAAGAUCUCGUAGUCCUCAUUAUAGAAAUGAGUCCACUAAACUUGAUAUGGAGAUUGAACUGGUGCGAAAGCAACGUUUACUUGUGGAAGAAGAAAGAAAAUUACUUCUUGAGAAAAAGAAGUUGGAACUGUUAAAGGAGUUUGGUCCAGGCACUGUUAAAAAAUUAGAAAAGUAUGCCGCAGCUAUUGAAAAACACUCCUUGGAAGAUGAUGAGCCUCCAAAACCUCAAAUAACUGUUACGAAAAAGAGUGAAAGUCGUCGUGCCACAACAGGGUUGCCACUUUUUGUACUGCCAUGCAGGAUUAUUAUAAAGCAAAUGAAAACUGUUUUAACAAACCAUACAAAUGAAAAUAACAAGUUUGAACUAUUAAAAGCUUUGCGCAUGACAAUAAGAAAGCGCAUUGCAGAACUACUUCAAACUAAAACUUUCAUGCAAACUGGAGAAAUUAUCCAAUUGUAUAGAGAAACAUACCCCUUAGAUACUGAUGAAAAGUUAUUGCAACAACUUGAAGCCGAAAUAAAAGUUAACGCUAAUGUUGCCGAAGAUAAUAAAUCGGCAACAGAUAUUAAGGAGAAUGAUAACCCGCAAGAAAAAACUGAAGCUAAAUUUUCACCAGGAGAAUCCAAUAUACCCAACAUAGAAAAUAAGGACACAAAAACAGAAAUAAAGAAUGAUCUAUCGGAGAAAAAUGGUGAAGGAAACUGUGAAGAAAAGACAGUGAAGAAGGAGAUCAAAGAAGAUCUAAAUGUAAAUGAUGGACUCGCAAAUCUUGAUGGUGAUUCAAAGGAAAAAGAAAAUGCAAAAUUUAAUAAAACUAUGGAGGACAUGUAUGCUGAAUUGGACGAUUGGUUAGAAGAAGAAAAUAGUACAGACAAAAAAACUACUACCGAUAGCCAAUUGGUUGAUAACAAUACUAGUGCACAGAACAACAAAGAUGUUCCAGAUUUGAAGCAGACCCAAACAAUAGAAGAUCAACAAAGUUCUGAAGUUACUGAAGAUAAGAAAGAAUAA